AUGGUUAGCCAGUCGCCUAUGAUUUCCAUCCCGAAGAAGAGCUCGUCAGAUGUAGACUGGAUCCCUUCAAUCCGCAACCUCAUCGCCAAAUCGUAUGGUAUAAGUCCAGACGACUACACUGCAGAGUGUCAAGUGCUACAGCAAUGCCGCAGGGACGCGGUCAAAGAUGCCAACAGUAAUGCAAUAGCCCAUGACCGUUUGUCUCGGUACUUUGGUCAGCUCGAGUUUCUCGGUCUCCGGUUCCCUGAAAUACGCAUCGACUCCACUUGGAACGAUGCAUUCUCAAACAAGCAGAUCUCCCAGACAUCCCUUGCGUAUGAGAAAGUGUCCACGCUCUUUCAGAUUGCGGCUACACAGUCGGCAAUCGCGGCUUCACAGAAUAGAACAAGACCGGAGGGCCUCAAGCUCGCAUUCUACUAUUUCCGUGCCUGCGCUGGCAUACUCACAUAUAUCGCCGAAAGUUUUCCUCAUGCCCCUUCCACCGACCUCAGCAGCGAUGUUAUUAGCUCUUUGACAGGCAUCGUCAUUGCACAGGCAACUGAGAUUUUUCUGGAGAAAGUUAUUGACGAGAAGACGGCUCACACUCUGAUAUCCAAAAUCGCCUCCCAGACCGCGCACCUGUACACCACGUCGGCUAAGGAGGUUAAGGAGCUCGCGUACAAAGGCAUCGUUGAUCAUAAGUGGGACACAAUUCUUCAGAUCAAAUCUAAGUACUUUGCCUCUCUUGCGCAAUACUAUCGUGGGAUUGUAGACGACAAAGCCGGUGAACACGGCAAUGCCCUCGUCCGUUUCACACUGGCCGAAUCACUAGCUAAUGAAGCAAAUCAAGACGCGACUUCCUUCAACGCUCUCUAUGCGUGUUCUGUGUCAUCGCUCCCCUUUGAUGUUGGCAGCGCCAUUCUUGGCCGCACCCGAACGCAUCUUUUCCUCUGUACGGAGCGAAGAAGUGAGGCCACAUACGAGAAUGACCUAAUCUACAUUGCCGCACUUCCACCUCACGAUACGCUUCCCGCAAUCGAGAAGGUGAUCGUUGCUACACCGGUUUCAAUCCAAGAGUUCUACGGGACACCGGACAUGCGGCAGGUCAUUGGCCUCGACAUUUUCUCCAGGCUGAUCCCUCUGAAUAUGCAUAAAAGUACCGGCGCGUACAUGGAGGAGAAGGCGGAACUCAUCCGCCGCGAGGUUGAGCUUGCGGAGAGCGCCGACACAGAGAUGUGCAGCGCCCUCGAUGCGAUCGGCGUCCAAGUUGGUUUAGCGCGCUUCAAGGUGAUUGCGGAUGGAGGAAUCGACGUGAAGGAUAUCCCGCGCGACAUGAGGCGGUGGAGGGAGGACAUCGGCAUCAUGGAAGGUCGCAAGGGUGUCGACAUGCUCAUGCGGGAGCUCGGCAACCUCAAGGCCUCCGUUAAGAACACGCUUGGCUCGGUUUUGCAUGACCUCGAGUCGCGAGACCACAAGGCCACACAAGUCGGGCAUAACCACCUGUGUGCGCAGGACCGCUCUGCGUUAUCAGACGGAUCAAUUCGCACCGAACUAAAUUCACAAGCAGCCGCACUCGAUGCUGCUGCUUUAUCAGACGAUCAGGUCAUCGCGCUUUGGGAUUCAGUGAAAGGGAUCAUUGGUCUUCUACUUUCUGACAAUUUAGUGGAUGUGUUCAGGUCGAACUUACAGAAAACCCCACAAAUGGAUGGCCUUUUGUACUUGGACCUGUCGAGCGAUCCGUCGGAUGAACGCAAACGCAGAAAGAUCAAGCAGUGUAUUGGAGAGAUUGAGGAGCGCCUGAAGAAGCUGAAGGGAAUAAGGUCCGAGCGCAGCGACGUGCUUAAGGAUUUACGAAAUAAAGUUGCUCAAAGUGGCGAUGCCUUGCCCUUGCCGCUACCCAGUGGGCCUAGCUUCAUUGCUAGUACCGAACUCGAAAAGUUCAAGUUCUAUCAACAGCGGAGGCAUGAAUUUGAUUGUCACCAGCAAGUAGUAUUGCAGGAAAUUACACUGUUGUGGAAGAACUUGCAGGAUAUGGAGACCCCUGGCCUUUAUGCAAAGAGGUGGGUAGAAAGGGAGAAGCGCGUUAAGGAAGUUGUUCGGACGUUCGCAAGAGCACGAGAUGGAUAUAUGCAAGUUCAGGACGGCCUUGACAAAGGGAUUCGAUUCUACCAGCAGCUCGUUACCUUCAGUGAGACUCUGAGGCAAAGAGCGAUAUCUAUCUCCAACAGCAAAUGA